GAAUUUGUUUUUCAUCAUCUGAUGGCGCUGUUUAACAAAAUGGCAGCAUUCCGUGGUACAAUAACAUCAGUGACACAUAGUUUGUUUCGGCAGUCUUCGUUAUUAUUUAGGUUAAAAACGAAUCGAAAUGCAUACAAUAGACUUAUUUCAUGCUUCAAACAGUUUCAUCCUUUUAGACUGAAUCGGCAGAAUUUCAGAAUAUGGGGCUUUGUUACUGCAGGCCUUGGUAGUAGGGCUUUAGGAUUUUGGUCAAGCAGUGGACCAGAGAAAAUGGCGGAGGUGAAAGAACGAAGCCCAGAUGAGAUAGCUGUUGACAAAUCUGAUGAAUUAUAUCAUAACCAUGAAAUACAUCAGUUAUAUGCAUACCUGAGCGAGUUUAAAGAAAGUAAGAAUGCAGCGCUAUUAUGGAGGCUAGCAAGAGCAUCGAGAGAUGUAGCACAGCACUCAAAGACUGACUUAGAAACUAAGAAGAGGCUAACUUAUGAAGCAUUGGAGUAUAGCAAGAGGGCGCUGGAUCUAGAUGAUACUGAUUUUGCAUGCCAUAAAUGGUAUGCAAUCUGUAUAAGUGAUGUUGGUGACUUUGAGGGUUCCAAAAAGAAGAUUUUAAAUGCUUAUGUUAUCCAGGAACAUUUCAAGAAAGCAAUUGAACUGAAUCCAAAGGAUGCCACCUCUUACCAUCUGCUAGGCCUCUGGUGUUUCACCUUCGCUGACCUGCCUUGGUACCAAAAGAAAGCUGCUGCCCUCAUCUUUACAACACCUCCCGAGUCGUCAUUUAAUGAAGCACUGUCCUAUUUUAGCAAGGCUGAAGAAGUUGAACCAAAUUUUUACAGUAAGAAUUUAUUGAUGCUUGGAAAGACAUACAUCAAACUGAAUAAUAUAAAGAUGGCCUUGUUGUACCUCACUAAAGCCAGAGACUAUCCAGCUAAAACUGAGGAGGACUUAAUGGUACGAGAAGAAUCAGAAUUGUUGCUUCCAAAAUUAACUUCAAAGAAGAAGUGAGUCUGCUGAUCUUCAAUGCUGAAAUUGCAAUGCAAUUUUGACAAGUUUUUAGGACCAUCCUUCUAUGUACUUUAAAUGUUUUAUUUCAAUUUUAUACAUGUAAUAUCUCUGUAAAAAUACAAUACAGUACAAUAAAUCUUUAUUGUCAAAAUACAUCAAAAUUGAUGAUCCUACUAAACACCGCUCGAGACAACCCAAGAAAUUGGUAUCUUCUCUUGGGCAUUGUUAUUUUGUACAGUUUUGUUAGUGCUGUAGAAAGUUGUGGGAGUAGAAAAAGUAAAAGUGCUCUUGAGUGGUCUUGGGUGGUUUUCAACCUGAAAUAUGAAAAAAAAUUGAGUUAGUAUUUUGGACAAAUAAAAUUUAAAGUACAGUAAUACAAAAAGUUACACCAUUUCUGAAUCUCAGUUAUACAUAUGUAUGUGGUAGGCAGUUUAACAACAGCUAUUUAUAAACCUUCUGGUGGCCAUGUUGAGAAUCAAGAGAAAUACAAGUUGGCAGUAUAGACAACAAUCUAAUGCCCACUUCACACUAGAAAAUGUGUUUCACACGUCACCUGUUAGGAAAUUUUAGUACGCAUUCCCUGCUAAUUUGCAUUCAUGUGAAUAUCUCUGUAAAGGCCAACUCAGACAGCAUUGCACAAUGCACCUCAAUGCGAUUUAUGGUCAGUGACAGUCUUUAAGUCGUAAACACGUGUCAUACGACGCUGUCAGAGUUGGUAUUAAGAUAAGCAUGUGUCUAAUGUAAUACCAUAAAACCUCGAAUUGAAGCCCAGUGGGCUUAAUCUCGAGUUAAAUCCUGUCUGAAAUUGAAGCCCCCCUCUUUAGUUUGCAAAAUUAGCAUCGGAAAGCCCAUCUCAAAGAGAAGGCCAUGGGCUUCUUUUCAAGAUCGCAUAGGCUUCUUUUCGAAAUUGUACAGUACAUACACUGUACAUGAAUUUCAAACAACAAAAUGAAUUAAAAACAAGCUUAGUUUAUACAGUAGUUAAGGUGGU